AAGAAAAAGAAAAAGAGACCGACUUAAAUUAGGGACUGCAAAUUGACGCAGAGUUCCCGCGGUUCCGGCUUAGUUUCAACGCAACACACACAUUUAUAUACUUCGAUCGAGAUCGAUGGCCCCUACUUCUUCUCUCUACUUUCAUCCACGUACUCUCCGCCCUCCUCGCAAUUUCAGGUUGAUUUCGAUAAGCCAUCACUGGUUUUGAGCUAUACAAAACGAUGUCUUCUUUCGGAUUUGGGUUCGGUCAAACCCCUAACUCUUUUAAUCCUCCAAAGCCGUUUUCUGAAACCAAAACAGCCUUUGGAUGGAGUCCUUUUGGAAACACAACCCCGCCUUGUGGCACUACCACAAUCCCGGCUUUAGCCACUAACAACGCUACUUCUGGCACUGCUAGUAGCCCAGCGUUUGACUUUUCCCCUGUUUUUGGUGCCCCGGUUUUCAACAGUGCUAGUGCUCCAGCUUCUGGCACUAAUUGUACCAUCACUUUGGCCACAACAGGUUCCCCGGUUUUUGGCACUAGUACCCCAACUAUUGGCACUACUGUCACCAUAACCCCUGGUGUAGGCACUUCUAGUGCUCCAACUGGUGGCACUAACGCCAUCGCCAUAACCAUAAAUGUUGGCACUGCUAGUACUUCAUCUGUUGGCAAUGGUAUCACCAUAGCCCCCUCUGUUGGCUCUACUGUCACCAUAGCCCCAGCUUCGGGAACUAGUAUCACCCUAAUGCAAGCUGCGGGAACUACUAUCACCAUAACCAGCAACCCAACUUCUGGUGUAACGAGCACCCCAGGCAUUGGUGCUGCAAGUACUCCAACCGUUUGCUUUCCAACAUCCACUGCUCCUGCAAGCACCCGAGGCGGUUUUGGCUUUCCAACAUCCACUGCUCCUGCAAGCACCCGAGGCGGUUUUGGCUUUCCAACAUCCACUGCUCCUGCAAGCACUCAAGGUGGUUUUGGCUUUCCAACAUUCACAAGUCCUACAAGCACCCAAGGCGGUUUUGGCUUCCCAGCAUCCACUGCUCCUGCAAGCACCCAAGGCGGUUUUGGCUUUCCAACAUACACAACUCCUGCUUCAACUUCCACCUUUUCCAGCAGUAAAGUUGGUGCUUCAUCUCAGUUUGGAACGCAGAGUUCUCCAUUUGGUAAGUAA